UAUGGAUGGAUGGAUGGAUUUCAAUAGUGGUCUUCUUGCCAGUAAAUUUGAGCACCGCUUUCUUAACUGCGAAGCAAUCCAACGCAACGCAGCGCAGCAGCGAAACGAUGCCUUCCUAUAUAAAGAGAUCCGAAGCCACGACCUUCUUUCAUCAUCCAUCCUAAUUUCGAAAGCAUUAAUUUGCAGUUUCGAAUUUCCCGCCAGUGCUGCUCCGCUCGAACAUGUCGAAUACGUCCGCCGAGCAACGUCCUUUCACUCUCAAAUUUGAGAGAGAGUUCGAUCAGCGGUCGGAGAGAGUUAAGUCUCUGGAUUUCCAUCCAACGGAGGCAUGGAUCCUAGUGAGUUUGUACUCUGGAACACUUUGCAUCUGGAACUACCACUCGCAAGUUAUGGAGAAAUCCAUUAAGGUCACAGAAUCACCAGUGAGGUCGGCGAAGUUUGUGGCUCGCAAACAGUGGGUCGUUGCAGGAGCCGAUGACAAGUUUAUUCGUGCAUACGACUACAAUUCGGUCGAAAAGAUCAAAGAAGUGGAGGCACACACGGAUUACAUUCGGUCUUUGGCAGUGCAUCCUACCCUCCCACUUGUGCUGUCAUCAUCGGAUGACAUGCUCGUAAAGCUUUGGGACUGGGAAAAGGAUUGGGAGUGCAUUCGGAUCUUUGAGGGGCACAGCCAUUAUGUAAUGCAAGUAACAUUUAAUCCCGUAGAUACCAAUACCUUUGCAAGCGCCUCGCUUGAUUGCAGCGUCAAGAUAUGGGAUCUUGGCUCCCCUAUUUCGAGUUUCACUCUGGACGGCCAUUCCAAAGGGGUGAAUUGUGCUGAAUUCCUCACGAGUGGUUCUCAUAAGCCAUAUCUGAUCACGGGUUCUGACGAUCACCUUGUUAAGGUUUGGGACUAUCAGACCGGAACUUGUGUCCGGACACUAGAAGGCCACACUCAUAAUGUUACUGCAGUAUAUGUUCAUCCUGAAGUUCCCAUUAUACUUACAGCUUCAGAAGAUGAGACUAUUCGCAUAUGGCAUGCGACAACCUAUAGGCUUGAGAAUACACUUAACUAUGAACUUGGAAGAGUUUGGGCAGUUGGGUGCGUGAAAGGUUCUGCCAAGGCUGUGUUUGGUUGCGAUGGAGGCACCGUUAUGGCCAAAGUUAUUUGCUCUCAGAGUUGGGAUUCUGUAAAUCUUGAGACUGAGGGGGAAGACUCGAAGGAAUAACUGUAACUGUCAAGAUGGAUGCCAAUAAUUGAUGAGAUGAAGUGAGUAGUCAAGCAGCAGCAGUAGCACGAGGAGGAAUAGAUGAGUACGUUGUUAUAUAAAUAUAGAGUAUGGUGUGUUUGGAAUAAAUGAAUGAAUGAUAUGUAAUAAUUCAAUAUUUCUGCAAAUAUGUAUUUUGCUGUAACUUCCAUUCCCAUGGGAUGGGAGCACUUUCAUGUAUUAUAUUUAUAUAUAUAUUUUGCAUGGCGUGGGGAUACAUACAAAAGACAUAUAAACAUCUUUUGUAUGUAUUUGUGAGACAAAAUGGUGACAAAGUAGUAGUUUCUGAAUGUUUUGGAAUAAACCCCAAGUGCGACUUAA